GAUUUCUGUGGUAUUUCGUUGCUAUGGUGAUAUAGAGCUGAGUUUUAUUAAAGCGUCCGAAACGCGUGUGACCUCGAUGCACGUCAGACUUAUAGAUUAGUCUUCGGCUCGUCUUGAUUCGCUUAAGCUAAAAUAGCCCAUAAAGUCCAUAAGCUUUAAUGCCACUUAGUGAGAAGUGAGAAAUAUCAGCGUCUCAGCCGUCUCCUUCUCACAGAGUCCUCUUGUCGUUCGCCCUGUAGGGAAGUAGGUGUGUCUCUACAGAUACCCUGAAUGAUUGACGAGAAGUUUUUUUCCAUCAUGCUCUCUCAGAAUGUUCUGGUCUUGACCUGCGUGCUGCUCCUUGUGACGCUGUGCCCUGACGUUCUGUCUCGCCGGGGUUUUGGAGGCAUAGGUGGUCGUUGGGGUGGCAUCGGAAAGGCCGGAGGAGGAGGAGGAGCCUGGGGAGGUGGAGGAGCUCACAGAGUAGGUGGCCUUAGCGGAGGACACCACUAUAAAGUGCCGCAUGCCAACGGAGGAAGCUCCUCAUCAGGAUCGAGCGCAGGAAAAAUGGCAGGAGCGGCAGCAGCCGGCGCGGUCGGAGGCAUGAUGAUCGGACACGGGCUCGGCUCCAUGUCCCGACCCGGAUACGGAUACGGUCAUGGGGGGUAUGGUGGGUAUGGUGGUUACGGGUAUGGAGGAGGGCACGGGUACCCGAGGUACGCCGGAGGACACGAGAACGGACACGUCCGAUAUGAUAAUGGUGCAGGGUUCAGGAACGAGACCGAUAUGGAGUACUACACCGGAGCGGCCAGCAGGGGGCAUACGUACAGUUGCGUGCUGCUGUUUGGAGCCACAGUGUCCUUGUUAAUCGGAUUCUGACUCGCACCCUGAAACGUAAAAACUGACUCCGUUUCCCAAGACAUGGUGACUUUGGUUUUUAAAAGUUUUGCUAGUCAGAAACACUGAUAGUUUAGUGCUUAUGUCACCAUAUUUCACACUGGUAUGUAUAAAAACAGACAAAGGCACAUUGCAGAGGUAAAAACAGGAUCAGUUGGAUAACGACUCCAACAAAUAACGGUCACAAUGUACUUAUUAAUAUGUAAUUACAAACCUUUAGGAUUUUUCUAAUCAUAAAGAUGUAUCUUUUACUUAAAAACGUUAACAAAUGGUAACUUUUAUCCUAGUAAGUUUUAUCCUAAAAUGUAAUUAUAUUAAUGAACUACUAAUAUCAUAUAUGAUGAUUAAACUGCUAAACUGGAGACUGUUCACUUUCCUGACAUGGUGAAAAGAUAUAAAGCUGUUUUACGUCUCAUAAAUCCGUUUGCGUUCUACCGGUGGACGUUAUGUUUUGUUAUGUCUGGGUUUUCGCUCCAUUCGGGGGCAGCUCAGGUACACACACACGAGUCAGAAGAAGAAGAAGGGUUAAACUUGUUGACCCCAUUAACCAGAGAUGGGGGACUUGAGUCAUAUGACUUGACUCGAGUCGGACUUAAGUCGCACAUUUGAGACUUGCUUGACAAAUAUUAAAAAAAGACUCGACUUGACUUUGACUUGACAUUCAUGACUUGAGACUUACUUGUGACGUGAGUCAAGGAUUUUGUGCAAGAUGAGAAGAGAAGAACAGCGGUAUGCGACCACAUCGCUCACAAUUGAGUGACAAAGUUCUAUCAAAUUAAAUUUUUUGCAAGCGCAAUGUAGUGUAAAUGGUUGGUCACUGUUUAUGUUUAUGUGGAAAUGUCAGCUUUUUUGCAAUAGCUCUUAUAAUCGGUCUUCAGUGUUAAGCUUUGGGUGAAAAGCGUAUGG